AAGAGUCGAGUAGAGUCUCUGUAUAUUUGCAGCGACGAGAGGGAUGCUGUGGCCAUGGUAACAGGAGUCAGUAGUGUGCGAGUAUAUAGACAUGCGACGAUCGUCUGGCAUUUGUCAAUCGGUCAGUAGCCGCUCACGCACCAACAUCUCCCGGCUAUUAAAAAAUCAUUCAAAAAAACAAACAAAACAAAAAACGUUUUGACUUUGUUUUUUAAGAAUUCUGAUACUCUGCAUCGGCCCUGAGCAGUUGGUGCUAGCUAUACCACAGUGGAAGAUUUAUACAAAAGACAAAAGACAGCUGAAAGUGAAGUUUCUCUAUCUAUGUAAGAGCUGAACCCAGCAAAAAAAAAAAAAAAAACAAGAAAAAAAAAGAAUAAAUCGAAAGGCCGGUGAAGCGCAAAAAAUCUGGACAGGAUCGUUUAACGUCAUUGUCGUCAUGUUAGCGACGGCUUUGGCAACGUCGUCGUGGGAUUCAUCGUCGUCGGACGACUUAUCGUCAAGUGGACGACGCCCUCAUUGCCAUCAUCCGCACAAUCAUCGUUAUAAUCACCAACAACAAUUGGAAGAGGCCAAUAACAGCACGGAUCAAGAGCCGGAGGCUGUGCCGGCGGCGCGUGAGAAGAAAAGCCGCGCCGGAAGCAAUCGUUCAGUGCAUCAGAUCCAAGUUCAGUUGCAGCUGCAGCACAAGCAGCGCCAUCAGAGUUACGUCUACCCGAAAUUGCAAUUAGUGCAGAUCGACGAUGCGUGGUACGCACUCAAUCAGACUUGCCUGCAAAUCUAUCAACAGUUGCAGAUGUGCGGCACUGCCCAGCUCAUGCCCGUCGAUGUCGUUCCUCUCCACAAGUUGCCGGAAUGCGUGAGGAAAUCGCUGUCUCCUCCCGAGUCGGACGAGGCCAACAGGAGCAACAACCGCCGACGGAACAGCCAGCAAACAAGCGGAGCGAGUCGAGCUCAUCAUCGUCGCGUCGGCAGCCAUGACGACGACGGCCUUAUGGCCGCUAAUGCGGCCGCCGACGGUGCCAACACAACAGCUGGCAAUUUGCAGAUGGACACCUUCCGUGUUUACGACAUCAUGAGCGACGCUGCAUCCAUGGCAGCCUCGUCCGCACCGACUGCUGCGUCCCCCCUUUUCCGCCAGCCAACGGACGCAACGUCGGACCGUAGUCAUGCAGCUGCCGGGGACAAGUCUUGGUGGUCUCGUUUCUUUCAAGGCAACAAUAGCGCCAGCAACGUCACUCCUUCCACCGGAGGCAAUGCGACGUGGAUGGCUUCCUGCAGACGACGUCAGCCUCCGGGUAUCCAGCAUCCAUUCCGCCGUAGGCAUCGUCAAAUUGUUCAGAAACUCAUGGAGGAGACCUGUCUGACGGAGGAAGACAACCGCCGAGAAAGAGAAACGCUGGUGAACGGAUGCGACUCAUCAUCCGCGCCGGAUGUCGACGGACAUGAGUCGGUCGAUGUCCGUCGCGAGCACGAACCAGAUGGCCAGUUUACCUGUGUCGUUUGUCAGUCCGUCUUCGCGACUCACCGCCUCUUGCAGAGACAUCGCGAGCGUGCCAAUCACUUUGGGAUUGCCAAGCGCCGAAACUAUCGCGAGGAAGAAGUUGCAUAUCGAAGCUUAAGGACACCGAAUGACAAAUUGCCGCACCCAUUGCAGAGUGUAAUUUCUAGAGAAAGCAAUGCAAAGGUCAAAUCAAUUGUUCCACGGAAGACAAUUUCUUCUGCCUACUCUGAUCCGCUCAGCCAAGCGCUUGAGGGCAGUGACCCACUCAGCCAGUUUGUAUCCAAAGAUGAAGUGGAAGGCGCUGACAUCCCUGCCACAAACGUGAACCAGAAAGGUGCUGCAGCGCAGGAGUGGCUCAAACAUAGGACUACCAUACUCAGCAAAUUUACAACAUCAGAGAAACUGUCCAUCAAAUCAAGUUUCCUUCAAGGAGGAGAAAAAUUGGUGGUCAAGCAGGAGAUCAAUGAUAAAAUCAAACACCGACUGCAGCAGCUGGACGAGUUUGAAGAGCAUGUCAGUGAACACAAAGGUCUUUCCCGAGAUGAUUAUGUUUCACGCAUCACCCAGAUCAGUCAAGAACUUCAUCAAGCUUGGGCUUUAGAUCAGAGAGUUAAAGCAUUGAAAAUUGUCAUACAGUGUUCCAAAUUACUGCUCGAAACCCACCCCUUUGCAUUCUAUCCAAGCAAGUUUGCUCUCAUUACUGACAUAUUGGAUAAGUUUGGCCGGAUGGUGUUUGAAAGGAUUGCCGAAAAGGGAGAAAUCAGGCUCGUAGAUCAUCAGCUUCCCAAAUAUUUUAAACCUGAGCAUGUCUCUGAGUCGGCACGUGAGACUUGUCGCAAUUGGAUGUACAAGAUUGCAUCAGUCAGGGAAUUGUUACCGCGCAUUUAUGUCGAAAUGGCCGUGCUGGAGAGCUAUUCAUUUCUCGAAAACACGGAUUUUUCUGCGACUUUAAUCCGAUUAUCGAGAGUCAUUCGUGGUGUGGGCAACCCAUUAGUUGCCGCCUAUGCACGCGCUUAUUUAAUGCGCGUUGGGCGAGCAAUACGUCUUCAAGAUCGUUCGUUUGUUGUCGAGAAUGUUCGUGACCUCUAUCUUUCUUACAACCAGUUGUAUAGCAAUAGUGUCCGUUCAGAACUGACCAUCUUCCGAACGGAUUUGGCAGAUUACUUGUCUCUCUUUUCGCCCGCCUAUGACUGGAUCUUCCAGACUUUGGCUCAUACUGGCCAAUACGACGAACUGGAUUCUAUCUGGCGGCAGAGUUUCAACCAAGCUGAACCAGGAUUACUUUGGCUAUCCCUUCUCAGUCAGUUCCCGUCGGACUUUGUCCUAUCCAAGUGUUUGGAGCUAGCACUUCAUAUUACAACUACACCCUCAACCGGUGUUCCUAGUCAGCAAUUGAUGGUGCUUAUGGGCCAAGUUCUCAGCCGGAAUCUGGCGUCUUCGUGCGAUUCCAACCCAGGGAAAAUGCUUAAUGUCGUUUGGCCUUAUUUCAGCCGCAAAGAGGAUGCGGAUUCCUACUUGCAAUGCAUGGACGCUUGGAUGCCUUAUCUUUUACGCCAUUGGAGGGUCAAGGAAAUGCACCGCAUCAUCAACGAUAUAGUCCAGCAUUGUCGGCCAAAGGCUCAAGCCCACCACGUGGCAAAUCUAACCAGUAUCGUCCAUGCAUUGGUCCGGACAGAACAAGUUGACUACCAAAGUUUAUUCACGACGGAUUCGUUAAUGGGGCUAUUGGAUAUCUACCCCGAAGGCCAUUCGCGAGCAGAAGCGGCCAAAAUUUUACUUCAGCAAUUCCUCAUAGACCAUGAUCGACCAUUAAAUCAUCCACUUAUGGUUGACCACCUUUUAUCCAUCGCCCGCAUCCUCCAUGACACACUCAACGCCACCAGCGUAGAGGACGAAAAGCGACAAAUUAGCGAAAUCGCCAUCGCCCUUAUUGACCGUGUUGAUUUUGGCCGUGACUUCCAGCAGAUGCUAUCAUUUUACGGCGAUGCUCGAGCCGCAUUCACUAAUCUCGAUCCCGUUCUUGCCCACCUAGUUCAGGCGAUCAACCGCUUAAGUAGCCGGACUCGCCAAUUGAUUCAGGAGCACAACGAGAGAACUGGCCACUUUGUUCGUGCCUGUGGCGCCUUUGCCUACAUCACAAUUCCGGCCAUUACAUGCCCAAUGGUCCGGUUCCGUUUGUAUUUGCUGUCCAGCCAGGUAGCUUUGGCUAAUGAAUGUCUUGGACAAGCGGAUGCGUGUCUCGAAGGAGCCAUCAGUUUGGUGAUUGAAUUCUCGCCGCUUGAAGAACAAUGGAUCGUGUCUAAUCUAUCAAACCUUCUUUCCACCCUUUUAGUCCAACCCGACACGCCCGACCAAAACCGGCUUCACCAUUUACGGCGAUUAUUACGUAACGUGCGGACGUUUUCCAUCAACCACGCGCUGCAUCGUUUACGCUCCACCAUCUACAUUCAAGCGAUACGUUUACUUUCCGCUUAUAUCCAGUCUGAUUACAUCUAUCACGUUCCACAUGUGGAGUCCAACGACCGUCUCUAUCUUGGUGACGAAGACUUCCGAAUGGAGGCAGCCGAUUACUGCAGCCAACUAUUGACAGAACUGCUCAACGAUCUUAAUCAGCUGGGCAAUGAGAACCAAUACGGAAAGCAGGCUAGCCUUUGUUUAGAUUUGUUUUCGUUGUUAAUUGAGUCAGCUGACCUCAAAGCCGAACCGAGUCUCACGCAGCUCGCCGCCAAGCUCUUUCUCCUUGCCCGCAAACACAACCAAUGGGAUGCCGAUUACGCGUCUGAUGACAACGCUGGAGGCAGCAGUGCGGAUGAAGAAGCCGGUCUAGAUUUAGUGGCAGCCUUUCGAGUUUUUGAUCGCGACAAGAACGGCUUCAUAACCAAAGAUGAAUUGAGACUAGCAAUGGAGUUAAUCGACGAAUCCAUGACUGAAGAAGGUCUCAACGAGCUCAUCAAAAUGGCUGAUGUCGACAAAGAUGGUCGCAUUAAUUAUGAAGAGUUUGCCAAAAUGCUUUUAUAAAUUUUCAGCGUGUUUUUUAAUUUGAAUCCCGUGGCGUUGUUUUCAGCAAAAUUCAACAUUGUAAAUUUUCCAUCCCUGAGAAAACCUUGUGGAACCCAAGUAAAUAAAAUACAACAAAAUUUCAAUUAAA